ACACUGUUAAUUGACGAGUGUAAAAUGCAUGAUUGUCUUUCCUUGUUUAAUGAAUUCAUCAGCUCUCCAUCCACUACAAAUCUAAUUUAGUGUCUUGAGGAAGAGAGAGCAAUGGUGCCCAUGGAUUUUUUAAGACAAACAAAGUUGUUGUCAUUUGGUUACUUCAUUGUGCACCUAGUUUCUCUAACCAUAGCUCAACCUCAGGUCUUCUUGUCUUAUAGCUGUCAAAAUGAUGUAGGUAACUACACUACCAACAGCAAUUUCCAUAGAAACCUCAGGAGUCUCCUGUCUUCCCUGGAUUCCAAUACCCAAAUCGAUCAAGGAUUUUACAAUACAUCUGUUGGCCAAACUGGUCCUGAACAAGUAAAUGCAAUCGCACUUUGCAGAGGAGAUGUUGAUGUAAACGAAUGUCGAAGUUGUAUUGGAAUAACUGCGGGUAAGAUCUUACAGGUUUGUCCUAACCAGAAAGAGGCAAUGGUAGUUUAUAUUACCUGCAUGUUACGAUACUCAAACAGAUCCAUAUUUGGUGUCAUGGAAGACCGUCCACUAUCCCACUUUAACAACAGGGACAGUGUCACAGAUGUGGAUCAGUUCAAUCAGGUUCUUUUAACAUUAGUAAGAAGACUUAGAAGCACAGCUGCAUCAGGGAACUCUCUUCGAAAGUUUGCUACAGGAACUGAAUUAAUAGCCGGAUUUGGUACGUUAUAUGGACUUGUUCAAUGCACGCCUGAUUUAUCUAAGCAGCAAUGUGAUUAUUGCCUCGCUGGGGCUUUUCGGGAGAUUGCAGUAUGUUGUGGUGGAAAACAAGGAGCCAUAAUUAUAACACCAAGCUGCAAUAUCAGGUUUGAAGUCUACCCUUUCUUUGGAGAUACUCCUGCCACACUACAGUCUCCAACACCGCCAUCACCAAAAGCACCAUCAGCGCCUCCUCCUCCACCAGCAGACGGAAAGAAGAGCAACAAAGCACGAACUACCAUUAUCAUAGUUGUUCCAAUAGGCGUUGUAAUACUUAUUUUUUGCAUCUGCAUCUUUUUAAAAAUCCAGAAGCCAAAGGAAGCAGUACAAACUGUGGAUGAAAUAAUAACAGCAGAAUCCUUGCAAUUCGACUUCGGUACUAUUAGAGCUGCAACAGAUAACUUUUCUGAGGAAAAUAAGCUUGGACAAGGUGGAUUUGGUUCUGUUUACAAGGGUACUCUUUCCAAUGGACAAGAGGUAGCAGUCAAAAGACUUUCCAAGGAUUCUGGACAAGGAGAUUUAGAAUUUAAAAAUGAAGUCGUGUUGGUUGCCAAGCUACAACACCGGAAUUUAGUUAGACUUCAAGGAUUUUGCUUGCAAGGAAUCGAAAGGCUUCUUAUCUACGAGUUUGUGCCUAAUGCCAGCCUUGAUCACUUCAUAUUCAAUCAAGUGAGGCGAGAACAGUUGGACUGGGAAACGCGUUACAAGAUCAUUGGAGGCAUUGCUCGUGGACUUCUUUACCUUCAUGAGGACUCUCGCCUUCGAAUCAUCCAUCGCGAUCUCAAAGCUAGCAACAUUUUAUUGGAUGCAGACAUGAAUCCUAGAAUUUCCGAUUUCGGGAUGGCAAGAUUGUUCGUGAUGGAUGAAACUCAAGGCAAUACAAGUAGAAUCGUGGGGACAUAUGGCUACAUGGCUCCAGAGUAUGCGAUGCAUGGACGAUUCUCAGUGAAAUCAGACGUGUUUAGUUUCGGCGUGCUAAUCUUGGAGAUUGUGAGUGGUCAGAAAAACAAAUGUUUUCGUAAUGGUGAAACCGUAGAGGAUUUAUUGAGCUAUGCAUGGAGAAAUUGGAGGGAAGGCACAGGUUUGAAUGUUAUAGACCCUGCUUUGAGCACUGGUUCAAGAACUGAAAUGACGAGAUGCAUCCAUAUUGGUUUACUGUGUGUUCAAGAAAAUAUAGCUGAUAGACCAACCAUGGCUUCGAUUGUUCUAAUGCUAAGCAGCUAUUCUCUUACUCUGCCAGUACCUUCUCAACCAGCAUUUUUUAUGAACAGCAGCACAUAUCAAUCAGACAUAUCAUCGUCAAUGGACUACAAUUCAAGGGUGACUCAUUCCUCAGAGGCCAAAACAGCUCUCAUUGUCAGCAAAUGAGGCAUCAAUUACUGAGUUAUACCCUCGUUAAUAAUGGUCUAGGAAGAUCACAACCAUAUGUUUAAGAAAUAGUGUUUUACACACACAUUCUUGUGAUGCCCGCGUCAUUCGUUAAGAACUCAAAUAUAGUUUUCACUUUUGGUAGAAUGAAUUUCUAUUUAUUUUGUGGUUUUGACAUCAUGAAAUACUUAUAAGUUGGAUUUACAAUAUUCUUGUAAAGGGGUAACUUGUCUAAAGUUUAUUUGAACUCAAUACCUUUUAUUGAUUCUUGUGUUCAAUAAAACAAAUUUAGUGGUGUGAAGGA